AUGAAUCUUACAGAAGUCCAUCAAGAGGUGUCCUGUGUCUAUUCAAACUUUUCCUGUUGGGAAGCUUCAUCAACAGCAACUGUUGUACUUUUGUAUAUGUCUGUAGCAGUAGUUGUCUCGCUGACAGUGUGUGGAAACCUCCUUGUGAUCAUCUCCAUCUGCCACUUCAAGCAGCUUCAAACACCAACUAAUUUCCUCCUGCUCUCUCUGGCCAUGGCAGACUUUCUUGUUGGGGUAAUUGUGAUGCCGCUGUACUUUCCCUCAUUGAUAGAACCACAGAGGUGCUUUGACAAAUUUACUUGCAUUAUUCUUCAUGUAUCAGAAUUCUAUCUUACUUGUGUGUCAAUUUAUAAUGUAGCUUUAAUUGCAGUGGACCGAUGUUUUGCUCUCUCCAACCCUUUUCACUACUCCAUGGAAAUGACAAUGAAUAUAACUUCGAAGAUAAUAAUCAUACUGUGGUUGUAUUCAUUAAUUUACAAUAUGGUGCUUCUUUAUUUCAAUGGAAAUAUUACUGCCAUGAAAGCAAACAGCACGUGUGGUGAGUGUAUUGUUAGAGUUGAUAACGAAUGGUCCAUUAUUGACUUCAUAAUUGUAUUUUUUUUGCCAUGCUCAAUGAUUAUAAUUAUAUACCUGAAAAUUUUCACUAUUGCUACAAAACAGGCAAAUAAAAUUAGGAGUGUCAGAAAGUGCCCACAAAUACAUAAUAGCUCAAUGGCAUCUGAAAGGAAAGCAGCAAAAACCCUUGGCGUUCUAGUGGCUGUAUUCCUGCUGUGCUUAGUACCCUACUAUGUAAGUACCUUUCUUAAUGUCUAUUUGAGGAACAGAUCUGUGGAUCUGACAAUUUCACUUUCAGAUUCUCUAGUAUAUUUAAAUUCUUCCAUCAAUCCAAUCAUUUAUGCUCUUUUCUAUCCAUGGUUUCAGAGGUCUUUUAAACUCAUAUUAACGUUUAGAAUAUUUGGCACUGACUCUUCCCUUCUGAAUGUGCUUGAUCGGGAAAAAAAUGUGAAAUUUCUUGUGAAAUGA